AUGGAACCGAACAGAGGAGGCAUGCAAGAGCGUUUUUUGUUUCUGGACACGAAUAGAGAGGCAAGGCGCAAAACAGGCGGGAUUGAGAUUGCAAAAGAAGUGUACUCUCAUGCCAACCCCAACCCCACCCCCCGGCCCCCAGUAGCACCAGCCCAGCCCGCCCCGGCCAGCCAGCAAGCCAAACCCACUCCCCGGGCUCCCCCAACCCAACCAAGCGGUCCUCCCUCUGCUUACUUCGCAACCCCAGCCAAUCCAGCCCGCCCAGCCAAACCCAGGCCAAGCCAAGCCCCGCCACGCCACGCCACGCCACCUCGUGAGACUGGACUCGGGACGGACGUCGCAAAAGUGCCACCAGCCUUUUGCCCCUCCCACGUCUCUUCCCCAGCGCGCGGUCGGAGGGAAAGCCACCGAAAGGACGCUCCGCUAUCAUUCUCUGAUCCGUGCUGCGCUCGUCGCAAAGCGAGCCAGCGCGACGGACGGACGGACGGCCGGAGGGCAGGCAGGGCCAGGGGAUUUAUUCCGGUGCAUCUGUCCCUGCAGGGGCCGGAAUGUUCCCUGAUAUUCGUCUGGACUGUUCGGAGUCCUGACGACCUUUGGAGUCUACCGGUCACCUCCUCGCUCUGUCUUUCCUGCCGUCGCUUUCGUUCUUUCUUUCUUCCUUCCUUCCUUUGCCGAGCCUUUUUCUUUCUCGUCCUCGCCGCUCGAUGGCAUCCGUUCUGGACAUCAGAGGCGGUAGAGGGCGGACUCGGUGGGUGCUGUUCUGGUGACUGGGCCGACGAACGGAGGACGGAGUGGCAGCGGAUCGUGAGUCGUGACGAGCCGAUGACGGAGACUGAGUCCAGGAAACUGCAUGUACAUGCGAAUUUGGUUCACAUGACAAAGGGACGUGAUGAUCAGGACGAAUGUUACACAAGCUCCAUGGUAAAAGGACUGGCCGGACUCUGAUCUCAUCUCAACUCCAUUUUCCAGCCUAUUCUAUUUAUUUUUUAUAUCGGAAAGUUACUGAGACCGUUAUUGUGAAACGAAAUAUUAGUUCUAAUUAUUAGGCACCUUCAUCGCUUUGAUCUUGAUAAUUUUCCUCAGAAUUCUUGAGACAGCACAAUGUUUU